AUGGUCAAAGGGCUUUACCUCAACACUGUGUUCACCGCAGCGAACAUUCGGUCGGCCCUCUGCUACGAACCUUUGGAAGACGACGUUUUCGUCGUCAGCUAUCCAAAGUGCGGCACAACAUUGCUGCAGCACAUCGUCAUCGGCAUCUCAUCAGGUGGCACGCUGACGCCUGACGACGUAGAAGGCGUAAGAAAGGGAACGUAUCUCGAGCUCAUAGGUGCCGAAGGAGCCCGGAGUUUGCGGCGACCAGUGCCCAUUAAGACUCACCUGCCGUUCCAUAAGCAGCCUCAUUCUUCGGGAGCCAAGUACGUCUACGUAACGCGGAAUCCGUACGACUGCUGCAUCUCUUAUUACUACCACUAUAAGGGAAUGCCGUGGCAUGGCUUCGCCGAAGGCACUUUUGACGAAUUCGUGGACCUGUUCGUGCGUGGUAAGGUCUCCUAUGGUGACUAUUUCGAUCACCUGCUUUCCUGGUACGAGCACCGCAAUGACCCGAACAUUCUGUUUCUCACGUACGAGGAAUUGAAGAGGGACACACCAGCAUCGGUCCUGCGGAUUGCGGACUUCUGCGGAGCACUAGAGUAUGGCAAGCGGCUGAGAACGCAUCCCGAUGACCUGGAGAAAGUCCUUCACGGAAUAAGCUUCGAAGUUAUGAGAAAGCUGACGUUCACUGUCAAAGUGCCGGACAGUGCAUCGCUCACGAGGCGGGAAGAAGGAAUUGCCAACGCACCGUCGUGCGAUGAGCUGCAAUAUGAAAAUUUAUGUAACUCAUCCGCGAAAGGCCUUACAAACAGCCUCCUGAGCGUGCAGCUCGUGCGGAAGGGAAUUGUAGGUGAUUGGAAGAGCCUGUUUUCCUCAGGGCAAAUUCAGAGGAUGAAAGCUUGGAUCGCGUUGAAGACGCGCGAAACUGACGUUAUGAACCUCUGGAAGGACGUCGACCUUCCGUGAGGGCGUAAAUCUACCUUGAAUAGACCUGAUAGACAACUUAAGCCCCACGCAGAA